GUCGAUCUAGUUGUCAAAAUGCUCAAGAAUUUUCAGCAGGGCGACUAUUGCGCCUACGAACGGCACGGGCUGUGGUACAUCGGGCUAGGCAGCCGCUCCUCUCUAUCGGUCAACCCAACGGGCAGUACGGCAACAAUAGUCUCUGGUGGGACCACAACCGCUACAACCAUCGCCUGCCCCAUCAGCCACGUUGCCCGGGAUUUUGUUCGAGACUACGGACGUGAGGAUGGCAAGGCAUUUGGCUACGCGAGUUUCAAUUAUGCAGCUCACUGUCGAGGACAGACCUUCAAAAUUGGAACGUGGCCACUGCUAGCUCUCUUCAUUCCUGCAAUUGAGAUCUGCAUUGGACCAGAACAAAUCACGAUCAAGGGAGACGACGUUUUGGAGAUCCAAGCACUGGUUGAAGUUCUUCGACAUCCUUCAAUACCGACUGCUCCAGGUCAACCCAUGGAGAUCGAUGUCACCCAAAAUGCGGACGAGUACGUCAACAGGGUUGCCAAUGCACUCUCAGAGAUUGGCGUUGGACUGUAUCAGAAGGUGAUACCAUCCCGAGCCGUAGCUGUGUCUGAUAAGAUCGACAUCCUCGGCACAAUGCAGCUAGGCAGAUCGUUCAACAACCCUGCUAGGUCGUUUGCCAUCAGCCACGAAGGCCACCAAGCUGCCGGGUUCAGCCCAGAGCUAGUGAUGCUCGCGGAAAACGGAAGGCUUACCACUGAGCCACUGGCAGGCACUCGCUCCAGGGAAGGUGACACCGCGGAAAUAGAAAGGCUUCGUCAGGAGCUUCUCAGUGACCCCAAAGAAGUGGUCGAGCACGCCAUAUCUGUGCGAGAGGCUGUAGAGGAGCUACAGCGAGUGUGCCUCCACGACACGGUCGUCGUCGAGGAUUUUAUGACGGUCCGGCCCAGAGGUAGCGUGCAACACCUGGGUUCGCGGGUCGCUGGUAACCUAGCUCCUGGCAAAGACACUUGGGAUGCUUUCAACGUCUUGUUUCCGUCAAUCACCGCGUCAGGCAUCCCAAAAAACGCGGCCUUGGAAGCGAUACAGCGCCUCGAAGAGCAGCCGCGCGAGCUGUACUCCGGCGCCGUUCUGCUGGUGGAUGGCCCUGAAUUCCUGGAGGCAGCUCUGGUUCUUCGUACAGUAUUCCAAGACAGCUCCCGCCAGUGGCUACAAGCUGGAGCUGGUGUCAUCUCUCAAUCAAACCCCGAGAGGGAGUUCACUGAGACACGAGAAAAGCUUGCGAGCAUUGCCCCAUUCGUGGUUACGAGC